UCCUUGGCUCUAUUUCACAGGAUCCCUCCGGGAAACCUCCUUGGGAUCCAGAGCUCAAGAGCUGCCUGCACUGACCCCCCUUCAUCUAGACACAAAUCCCAAGAAACGCAAUACAGGCUCGUUGGACGGACCCAACAUCUGUGGGGAUGGUCAUGGUCCUGAGGGGGGUCCCCCAGGCAUUGUUUCUGGUUCGCGCUAAGAUGAUCCUGCAGGAGAGGCGGUCCAGCAUCUAUAGCAAGCCGCCCAAGACCAAGAUUGGACCUGGGCAAAGCUUCUUUAUCAUGUCCGUCUUUGCUGUCGCCUUGCUUGCUCCGGCCGGCUGGAUCAUGCACCAUCUUCCAGAGUACCGCCAAAGACCACGCCCUUCAUCAAGACCAUCAUAAAGAUGAAGAGUUAGGAUUAUUGUUCACAAAGACACACACUCUCCCUCCACAUCUGAGGUCCCGCUACAUACCACAGCUAUAACCAAUGCAUUGGCCACUAUGCUAUCAAUUAUUGUAACUUACUACUGUAUAACAAUGAACAACACACACAAAUAUUAA